GAACAGAUCACUUGCGUUCUAUUUAAGUAAUGUCGUCUAUGAAGCCGCUGCCACCGUCGCCGUUGACUCUGCACGCUUAUCAUGACACGCGAAAUUCCAAGAAACGAUUGAUUCCCUCUACUCCGAAUUCCAGUUUCUUAAUGGACCCGGAACUGAUCGAGAUCCCUCCUCCGGUUCCGAGCUCUUUCAAGUCUAGCAAGAAAAAACCGGUUGUUAUCCAUGAAGUAAUUGAUGUUGAUAACGAUGGAGAUUCAAGUGAUGUAAUGAUCCUUGAUGAGAUGGUUGGUGUAAGGAACAAAGGGAAGGCAGUAAAAGGUAGCUCUGGCGUUUCUAGUGCUAUUCAAGCUGAGGACUUUGUGGUUAAGCCUUUUGGUUUGAUAAACAAGGUUGAACCUUCUAAGCAUUCUACCCAAGGAUCACACAAUGCAUAUAACCUCGAUGGGAAUUUGGCCUAUGAUGAUGAUUUCCUUGAUAACUAUCACAUUAGUGAGUUUUGGGAUGUUGACGAGUAUGCCAUAUUGCAAGCACCUUUUGAUAAUUUUGAUAUUCCUGCUGGAGUAGAGGCUUCCGUCCCUUGGUUUCCUGACUUUUUAGAGAGCCAAAAGAUUACUAAUCAUGAGAACACUCAAUCAAGUGUUAAUGGGAAUGACCAAUCUCAUUCGACUUGGUUUUCAGAGCCUGCUCAUGUGAACAAGAAGCCAGCUUUAGUUAGUAGUUUAAGUUUCCGGACCCCAGUGGAUUCUAUAAGUCCUCCUGGAGGAGCAGGUGUUCCUUCAACAUUUUUAUUCCCACAAGGUUCACUAAGUAAGAAGCCAGCUACUUCACAACAUAAAUUGAUUAGCCAGAAUCUUCCAGGUUGGGAUUCAUUCCAGUCUUACCAGGUCAGUGGUUCAACUGCCGGUAGUGACGGGGGUCACUCUGAUUCAAUGAUGCUGCCUCAUGCAGUUAAUCCAACUUAUUGGGAUCACUUUGGUUCUGCUGCAAAGAAGCAUAUUAGUGCCGGUAGUUUUAUGCCUAUAGAGGCAUUUACUCACACUGUGGUUACUGACCCAUCCAUGUCUUUGUGGCCACCCUCUAUGAAACCAAAAUAUAAUCUCAAUAAGCAUAACGUCUAUUCGAGUUUUUCUGAUCCAGUAUAUGGUGCUUAUAUUACUCCUCAAGAAGUGGCAGAUAUCAGAAACCAGAGAAAUGUAAAUGAAGCAGAUAUUCUCAGUAAGUUCCAACAUUUUAAACAAUUUGAUACUGUUGAAGAUUUUUCGGAUCAUCACUAUGCUGCCAGUGGAUCUUCAACAAAGCAGCCUCCGAAGAACUGGGCAAAGAAGAUUCAGGAGGAGUGGAGAAUACUUGAGAAGGAUUUGCCAGAUACUAUUUUUGUUAGGGUGUAUGAAUCAAGAAUGGAUCUCUUAAGGGCUGUAAUUAUAGGAGCAGAGGGAACUCCUUACCAUGAUGGUCUCUUCUUCUUUGAUGUUUUCUUCCCUGCUAGCUAUCCUAAAGGCCCACCACAUGUUUACUACCACUCUGGUGGACUCAGACUGAAUCCAAAUUUGUAUGGUUGUGGAAAAGUAUGUCUUAGUCUCCUGAACACGUGGUCUGGUGAUAAGAAUGAGAAGUGGAUACCUGGUAUGUCUACAAUGCUCCAAGUUCUGGUAUCUAUUCAGGCUCUAAUCUUGAAUCAGGAUCCGUACUUUAACGAGCCUGGUUGGGCUCAUCAUAGAGGCACACAACAAGGUGAAUUAUUGUCCCAACAAUACAAUGAGGAUACAUUCAUUUUGUCACUGAAGACAAUGGUCUAUUCAAUGAGGAGGCCUCCAAAGCAUUUUGAAAACUUCGUUGUAGGCCAUUUCUAUCGUCGUGGUCAAAAUAUUCUUGUGGCAUGUAAAGCAUAUAUGGAUGGUGCUCAGGUAGGCUGCCUGGCAGAAGGUGGCAUUCAAGAUGUCGAUGAAGGCAACAAGAGCUGCUCAAAGAAGUUCAGGGACUCUGUUGCUGGAUGUGUAAGUAUUAUCGUGAAAGAAUUUACUGUACUCGGAGUAAAUGACUGUGAGAAAUUCCUUACUGUCCCCAAAAGUCGAAAUAGCUGAGUCUGCAAGGUUUCAGUAUUGUGAACUACUUUUUAAAAUUAAAAUUUUGAAACUCGAGUAAAACAGUUUCAUUUAUAGAUAUGCAUAGUAUUAGUUUAACUCGAGUUCAUAGCAAGUAAUUUAGAAUUUAAUUGAGCA